AUGGCAGUCCACUUGGCCGCCUGGCUGUGGCUGAUGCGCCUGGCCACCUGCCUGGCUGCUGGGCACAGCAUGGCUGGCAAGAAGGAGAUCAGCAUGGACGGGGACCUGGUGAUUGGGGGCCUCUUCCCCGUCCAUGAGAAAGGGGUGGGGAGUGAAGACUGCGGCAAGAUCAACGAGCACCGGGGCAUCCAGCGCCUAGAGGCCAUGCUCUUUGCCCUGGACGAGAUCAACAAGGACGGGAGCAUCCUGCCAGGGGUGAGGCUGGGCGCCCACAUCCUCGACACCUGCUCCAAGGACACCUACGCCCUCGAGCAGUCCCUCGACUUUGUCCGCGCUUCCCUCACCAGGGUGGACGGCUCCGAGCACAUCUGCCCCGACGGCUCCUACGCCGUCCAUGAUGACGUGCCCACCGCCAUCACUGGUGUCAUUGGGGGCUCCUACAGCGAUGUUUCCAUCCAGGUGGCCAACCUGCUGCGGCUCUUCCAGAUCCCACAGAUCAGCUAUGCCUCCACCAGCGCCAAGCUCAGCGACAAGUCACGCUAUGACUACUUCGCCCGCACCGUCCCGCCAGACUUCUACCAAGCCAAAGCCAUGGCAGAGAUCCUCCGCUUUUUCAACUGGACCUACGUCUCUACCAUUGCCUCAGAGGGCGACUACGGGGAGACGGGGAUCGAGGCCUUUGAGCAAGAAGCCCGCAUGCGCAACAUCUGCAUUGCCACCUCGGAGAAAGUGGGGCGCUCCAUGAACAAGAAGACCUACGAUGGGGUGGUCCGGGCUUUGCUGCAGAAGCCCAAUGCCAGAGUGGUCGUGCUGUUCACCCGAAGUGAAGAUGCCCGGGAGCUGCUGGCGGCUGCCCAGAGAGCCAACAUGUCCUUCAUGUGGGUGGCCAGUGAUGGGUGGGGAGCCCUAGAGAGCGUGGUGGCUGGGAGUGAAGCAGUGGCAGAAGGAGCCAUCACCAUCGAGCUGGCAGCCUACCCCAUUAAGGAGUUUGCUGCCUACUUCCGUAACCUCAACCCCUACAAUAACAGCCGAAAUCCCUGGUUUCGGGAGUUUUGGGAGCAGAAGUUCAAGUGCAGCUUCCACACACAGGGCUGCAGCCGGUACUCCCUCAAGACAGGGAAGUUUGAGCCAGAGUCCAAGAUCACGUUUGUGGUCAAUGCGGUCUAUGCCAUGGCUCACUCCCUCCACAACAUGCACCAGGCGCUGUGCCCCAAUGCCACCAAGCUCUGCGAUGCCAUGAAGCCUGUCAAUGGCAAGAGGUUCUACAAGGACUUUAUGCUCAACGUUCAUUUUGAUGGUGAGUGCAGAGAUGGAGAUAGGGAUGCCAACAGCCCACCAUCACCCUUGUUGGGGAAACGCAGGCCGCCUGUCCUCAGUGUGGAGAAGGUGGUGACCAACUCCAUCCUGCUGCAGCUGG